AUGGAAGAAACACCGCUGGCAUCGCUGACGUUAACCCACGUGCAUUAUAACCCUGAGGACCCGCUAUCCUUCCUUUCUGCCUGGCUCGCCCUUGUACCCCAAGCACUAUGUGUGGCCUACGUGACCCUUAUUUUGGCUUCGAGAGAAGUGGAGGUGAUUUUGAUGUUGGCUGGGCAAACGGGUUGUGAGGCAUUCAAUUUUGCCCUCAAGCGGAUUAUCAAAGAAGAAAGACCAAAGCAAAUGCUCGGGAAAGGCUACGGGAUGCCGUCGUCUCAUGCCCAAUUCGUUACAUAUUUCGCUGUCUACCUGACACUGUUCCUUCUCGUCCGGCAUGUUCCAACUGUUCCAAAGCCUGACACGGCAUCCUAUUUUCUCAUGAGGGUGGUGCUUGCUGCCGGAGUGUGUCUCGGGGCUGGCGCGGUGGCCACCAGCCGCAUCUACUUGAACUAUCAUACUCCAAAACAGGUGCUAGCAGGAUGCGCUGCUGGCGUUCUGUGUGCGGUAUCCUGGUAUGUGGCUACGAGCUUUUUGCGGACGAAGGGUUAUGUCGAUUGGGUAUUGGAUCUGGGAAUAUCUCAAUCCUUGAGACUUCGAGACUUAGUGGUAAGUCAGGAUCUCGCAGAAGCCGGAUGGCAGCAAUGGGAAACGCAGCGAAAGUUGAAGCGGCGAGGUCACAGUGAUCAUCCGUCGGCCAAAUCUGAUUGA